GCAGAACAGCUGUAAACAGGUUGUCCCACAUAGCUGUUGUUCAUGCAGAUUGGCUGCUUCCUUAUUGAAAAGGAAAACACAACUAACCCACAGAGAGCUUUAUUCACAGUUUGCUCUCACACAAGCAACAGCCCAGACAUAAAGGGAGGUAAAGCCUUUUUGUUGCUUCAUUAAUGACCCUCGAUAGAAAACAUGGAAAAAGCCACGCCUGCUGAAGAGCUGAAUGUGGUGAUUGUCGGUUCCAAAACCUCGCAAAAAUAUCUCGCCGGAAACAUAAUUCUGGGGAAAAACGCCUUUCCUGCAGACGAUGCAACAUUCGAUAGCGUGAUAGGGGAAGGGGAAGUAUGCGAGCGAAGAGUGACGUUGGUAAAAUCCCCUGGAUGGCAUCGAGGAUAUCCACUCUGUGACACACCAGAACUCGUCAGCAUGGAGAUGAUUCUCAGCCCCAGCCUGUGUCCACAGAGACUGCAUGCUUUUCUCCUGGUGAUUAACGCUGAGCAACCAUUCAGAGAUGUAAACAAGAAGGCAGCGCAGGAGCACUUGCAUCACUGUUAUGGUGAGAAGGUGUGGGAUCACACUCUGGUGGUCUUUAGCCACAGAGGCCACACGACGGCUGAGGAAUACAUCAGCAAGCAAGGGCCUCCGUUGCAGUCGCUCCUGGCGGCCUGUGGCGACAGACGCCAUGUCCUGUGUGUAGAGGACACAGACAACAGUGUGAAAGUCAGAGAGCUGUUUCAACAGAUUGACAUCAUGGUGGCGAAAAAUGGCUGUUACCAAACUGAGAGCAGGCUGAUGCAAGGUGUUAAGGAAAGGAGGGAGGAAGUGGUCAAAAAAGCCCAGGAGUUGAGUCAGUGUUCACAACGUCAGAGGCAAACACUCAGAACUCUCCUGUUAGAUCCAAAACCCAGCCUGAGAGUCUUAAUGGUUGGUUGGGUGUUUUCUGGGAAGAGUGCCACAGGGAACAGGAUUCUGAAAGCUAAAGUGUUUCACUCUGGUGAGAGAACAAUCAAACUCCUAAAGCAUUGUGGCACAGUGGCCGGAAGAGAAAUCCUCAUCACGGACACUCCCGGAUGGUGGAAAUUUUUCCCAUCAAACUUUACCCCAGCUGCUUUGAAGAGUGAGAUUCUAAACGCCGCGUCUUUGUGCUCGCCACCGCCAAAUGUCGUCUUGCUGGCGGUGCCCCUUGACACGUCGUUCACGGAUGAACAGAAAAGGGUCACAGAGGACAACAUGAGGCUGCUUGGGAAGAGAGUGUGGAGACAUGCAAUUGUGCUGUUUACAUUUGGGGACACUCUGGGGAGCAAAACUAUCGAGCAGCACAUUGAGAGCGAGGGGAAGCCUCUCCGCUGGCUCGUUGACAAAUGUGGAAAGAGGUACCAUGUCCUCGACAACAGGAGCAGCGCUGAUGGUCAGGUAACAGAGCUGCUGGAAAAGAUGGAGGAGGUGGUGGCAGGUAAUAGCUCCUUUUACCUCAGUGAAGCGGACGAGCCACAGCUUGAGCCACACAGAAGUGAUAAAAAGACUGAGGAAGAAAACGAGUACCGGGCCAAGGAAAUCACAGAACAACUUAACGUUGAGUGGAAUCGCAAGAACUGGGAAAAAUACCACAUCAUGGGAGGAAACUGGAGCCUACCUGCGCCACCAAACUUUAUUGAAGCCAGGCCGAGUUCUGGGGGCUCAGAAGAGGAAGCAGCGAUGGCGCACAGCCACAAAGAUGACCAGUUUAAUGCCGGUCUCAAAGUUGAAAGUGACGAUGAUGCAGCAUCUGGGUCUCUGAAGAUAAUGAAGGGCCUGCUGGAGAGAGAGUGGGGCAGACGAGAGGCGUCGAUGGAGCUUUACUAUGAUCUUUUUGCAGAGACAGGAAACCCGUCCGAACCAGACGUUGACGAGCUGCGGAAAUCGAGAGACAAAGUCUUAUUAUGGCUGAAAACCCAACACACAACGUCCGGACGUACGGCAAAGAGAGAGAAAACCUGGAGGAAAAGAAAGCAUUGUCUUACACCUAUGAGGAGAAAGAAACUUUUCAAGACUUGCUGAGAUUAACUGAAGUACUUGUGGUAAAUUUGUUCACAAUUUAGUAGAGGCUCAGUGUAAUAGAAUUAGUGACAUCCAAAGGUGAGACUGCAGAUUGCAAACUCCUCUGCUCACCACUCCUAGAUGUUUUUUUCUCCUUCAUAUGUGCAGAAAGAAUUCACUUAAAAACGUCAAACACGCACACAUACUGAUAAUAAUAAUAAUAAUAAUAAUAAUAAUACUAGU